AUGUCUUAAGGUAUAUCUUAAGGUUAUUUUAAUUUAAAAAAAAAAAGCAAAACACCUUUUAGCAUAAACUCGUCGCUUAAUUAAGAGAAGGAGAAGUUGUAUCUUGAGGGCACGUGUUCAUUUUUAAUUGGAGAGAGGAGAGGUUCUGUGCGGCAUCGUUUCAUCUCAUCUCAUUUUUCUUCUCGUCUUCCUUCUCUCUUCCUUCUCUCCUCUCCUCGGCGAGACGAAAGACGAUUGUUGAUCAUCUCGGUGAAUCUCCUCAACGACACGGCGUCUCUGUCGGUGGCUCAUCUCGAUGAAGGAGAACGACGUCUCCUCUAGCGGUUCGUCUCAUCGGCCAUCGAAAACGCGGAGAUUUCUCUCAUGGUGGCUUUCGGAGACGAAGAGACAUCGGUGACUGUUUCUGCUCUGGAUGAUCGAAAGGUAAAGAUGAGUUUUAUUUGUUAAAAUAGUUUCAAAUUUUUAUAUAUUUCAUUCAUGCAUGUAUUAGAUUGAAUCGUGAACAAGCCUCUGAUUUGUUUUAAUUUUUUUUGUGUAUUUGUCUGUUGAGAUGGAUGAUCAAGAGGCGUUAUCUGGCGAAACCUUUCUCUUUGUCAGACAGAACCGAUCAAGCUUUUCACAAAGGUGAGACAGUGGUCACGAGAGUGAAAUUGUACACAGAGAUGUCACGAGAGUGGAGAGUGGUCACAAGAGUGUCCUUGAGUUCUUGUCUUUUUGUUUGAAAUGCAGGUGAGAGAGGACAGAGAGAUGUCACGAGAGUGGAGAGUGGUCACAAGAGUGUCCUUGAGUUCAGAGUGUCAUUGUAUUGUUGUAUUUGAGUGUCAUUGUAUUGUUUUGUACGAUUGUCUUUUUGUUUCACGAGAGAAACAAAUAAUAAACUUGUAUUAUUUCUAUAAAUUGUAGUCAUUCUCUUUAUUCUCAUCACAAAUCAAUUAUCUCAACUUUUCAUUCUCAUCACAAACACUCUUCAUUCUCUCUAUUCUCUCAACUUUUCAUUCUCAUCACAAACACUCUAUCUCAUGGCAUCUUCUUCUCAUAACGAAGACUUAGAUAAGCCUUUCGAUGAAGCUUUCGAUCAGUAUUUUGAUCACCAUUUCGAUCAAGCAUUUGAGAGUUUGUACAAAAAUUACGGUGAUCAAGAAGAAGUGAAGAAAACAAGAAAAAAAAGAAUUGUUAUCGAACGAAAUCGCGAAGAAGGCCAUCUACGGUUAUGGAACGAUUAUUUCAGUGACAAUCCUACAUAUCAGGAAAAUCAAUUUCGAAGAAGAUUUAGAAUGAACAAGUCCUUGUUCAUGCGUAUUGUUGACCGCCUCUCCAAUGAAGUUCAAUACUUUCGUCAAACGGAAGAUGUUACCGGAAGAAGUGGUCUCUCUACACUUCAAAAGUGUACAGCAGCAAUUCGUGUAUUGGCAUAUGGUUCUGCCCUUGAUGCGGUCGACGAAUACAUCAGGCUCGCUGCAAGCACAGCUCGAUUAUGUGUGGAAAAUUUUGUGGAAGCAAUAAUAGAUUUGUUCGGCGAUCAGUAUCUAAGGAGACCAACACAAGAUGAUCUUCAACGUCUACUUCAUCAAGGAGAGAUUCGUGGAUUUCCCGGUAUGAUAGGAAGCAUUGAUUGUAUGCAUUGGGAGUGGAAGAAUUGUCCCACCACUUGGAAAGGACAAUUUUCUCGUGGUUCGAGAAAACCAACAAUCGUUCUAGAGGCGGUUGCUGAUUAUGAUCUCUGGAUAUGGCAUGCGUUUUUUGGACUUCCAGGUACAUUAAAUGAUAUCAAUGUUCUUGAUCGCUCACCUGUUUUCGAUGACAUCAUAUAUGGCCAAGCUCCACAAGUGAAUUUCUCGGUGAACGGAAAUCCUUAUUCAAUGGCUUACUAUCUCACCGAUGGUAUUUAUCCUAAAUGGGCAACUUUUAUCCAAUCUAUAAAACUUCCGCAAGGGCCAAAAGCAGCUUUAUUUGCUGAUAAGCAAGAAGGUGUCCGAAAAGAUGUCGAGCGUGCGUUCGGAGUCUUACAAGCACGAUUUGCCAUUGUCAAAAAUCCAGCACGUUGUUGGGACAUAGUCAAGAUUGGGAAGAUUAUGAGAGCAUGUAUCAUACUUCAUAAUAUGAUAGUAGAAAACGAACGAGUUGAUGGCACUCAAUACGACCUCUCGGGUUUCCAACAAGGAGAAGACGGCGGAAGUUCAAGUGUCAAUGACAACUUUUCCAUAGAUAGCCCUCCAAAUAUCGCCGAUGAAGAUAGUGUUCGAAUAAGUAUUCUUGAUAAAAAAGUACAUCAACGACUAAAACGUGAUUUGGUUGAACAUAUAUGGCGUAAAUUUGGACGUGAUCAACACAACAACUAAACGUGGAUGUCGCUUUUAGUAAUCUUUAUUUUCAUGUUUUUAUGUUGUUA